AGGCUACAGGUAUAAAUAGUGUGCAGUGUGCAUAAAUGUGUGAAAUGCCCCUCCCAUCUCAGACUGACAGCUCAUAGCUAAAAGUACCACUCAGAUGUGAAAAGAUGGAAAAGAAGAGUUUUCCUGAUAGAAAAACUACCAGGAAACUAAACUAAAUCUCCGUCUUGUGUCGAGUCAAUGCAGGGCACAUGGAGAGGGCUGUCACCAUUGAAGAGAGAGCCCUGCAUGGAAUGUGUUGUGCAGGUCUGGACCUGUACUUCCGCAUGAAGCAGGAAGCAAAGUAACUGUCAGUGACUCAGAUGCACUGUGGCAACAUGCACCCCUCCUUACGUGUGUUUAAGGGUGCUGUGCUGCUUUAUUAACAGAAAAAAGGAAAACAAUUGAAGAUAACAUCGCACGAUUGUGAAGCCAAAUUGUUUUUGAGUCUUUCAACGCUGAUUUUGAGGGUACAUCAACAUAAAGAUGGAUGACAUAGACGCCAUGUUUAGUGAGAUGCUGGGGGAGAUGGACCUCCUUACGCAGAGCCUCGGGGUUGAAACACUGCCUCCAGAGUCUCCCCCCAGCACCGCCAUGGAAACGAACUUCGGUUCCGUCGGCUUUACAGAUGCAUCUCUGCAUGAGCUGGAGGAUAAUGACCUAGACGCUCUAAUGGCUGACCUGGUGGCCGACCUGAAUGCCACUGAGGAGAAGAUGGCCUCUGAGAGGGGCAUGUCCAAAAGCUCCACUUUGCCAACCCCGACCGUGAACGACUUCAGCUUCCCCUCCCCCACUGCAGCCCCUGCCUUCACACCCACCUCCACCUCCACCUCCACCUCCACAUCACCAGUGGAGCCCGCCGCCUCCACCUCACCCCUUCCACCCCCCCAGAACUCCAAGCCAUCGAAGGAGGAAAUUGAAGCCCAGUUGAAAGCAGACAAAAUCAAACUAGCGCUGGAGAAGUUGAAAGAAGCCAAAGUGAAGAAGCUGGUGGUGAGGGUGGAGAUGAGCAAUGGCAGCUCGAAGACACUGAUGGUGGAUGAGAGACAGACGGUCAGAGACGUGCUGGAUAACCUGUUUGAGAAAACCCACUGUGACUGCAACAUCGACUGGUGCCUAUGUGAAACCAGCCCAGACCUGCAGACCGAGAGGGGCCUGGAGGACCACGAGCACAUGGUGGAGCCGCUGUCGGCCUGGACGCGUGACAGCGAGAACAAAGUGCUGUUUCAGCAGAGGGAGGACAAAUACGCCAUCUUCAAAGACCCUCAGAAUUUUUAUAUCUGGAAGAAGGAUAGGAAUACGCUCAAGGACAUGAAAGAAAAGGAGAAAGAGAUGCUGUUGGAGGAGAACUUCUGCGGGACCUCCAUCAUCGUGCCGGACCUUGAGGGGCUCCUCCAUUUGAAGGAGGAUGGGAAGCGGUCCUGGAAGCCUCGCUACUUCCUGCUGAGGGCGUCUGGAAUGUAUUUCGUGCCCAAAGGGAAAACCAAGACGUCCCGUGACCUGGUGUGUCUGGUGCAGUUUGAUAACGUGAACGUGUACCAUGGCAAAGAUUACAAGAACAAGUACAAGGCCCCCACUGAUCACUGCUUCCUCCUCAAGCACCCACAGAUCCAAAAGGAAUCCCAGUACAUUAAGUACCUGUGCUGUGAUGAUGAGUGGACUAUGACACUUUGGGUGACAGGAAUCCGCAUUGCAAAGUAUGGAAUGACACUUUAUGAGAACUACAAAACUGCAGUCAAGAAAACCUCUUCGUCAGCAUCAUGGACAGACAUCGUCACCUCCAACGCAUCUACCCCAUCACCAACUCCCAAAGCUAAAGCAGCCAAUGGUCAUGCUCCCAAGCCUGCUCAAGAGUCAGCUCCUACGGCUCCCAGCAACCAGUCAGCUUUUCCACCACCUCCACCUCCAGUAGGCAUCCUGCCUCCACCUCCUCCAGACCCAGGGCUGCCCCCUCCUCCACCUGCCUCCAUGUUGGCCAAAGGCUCUCUACCGCCACCACCACCUUUCAGCAUGGGUGGAAGCUUCCCUCCGCCCCCCAUGGAUGACCUACCACCCCCUCCGCCACUAGACGACGAUGAGGUAGAGAUGCCCCCAGACUUCAUGCCGCCGCCACCCCCUCCAGUCAUGGGCUUCCCCACUCCACCCCUUCCAGCCAGGGGCUUCCCCUCUCCAACUUCUGGUGGUAGGCCACCCCCUCCAGCCAGGGGCUUCCCCUCUCCAACUCCUGGUGGUAGGCCACCCCCUCCAGCCAGGGGCUUCCCCUCUCCAACUCCUGGUGGUAGGCCACUGCCUCCGUCACCCUCAGGCCGCAUUCUCCCCCCCCAACCUUCACCUGUGUCCCUGGCCACCGGCUCUCCUGAGGGCUCUUUGCCCCCUCCGCCGCCACCACCUCCUCCUCCUCCUCCACCCGCGGUGAUGGCCCCCAGCCCUAUGGUCAGGAAAGCCGGGCCGCCCCCACCCAAGAGGACUACGCCUGUCUCUGCAGCGCCCUCUGGUGGUGAUUUUAUGAAUGAACUUAUGGUGGCCAUGCAGAAGAAACGUACUCCGCAGUAGUGCCAGUCCUCUUUUCCCCAUUUUCAUCUUUAAAUAGGACUUCUCAUACCUACAUCGCUUCAGUAACUAUUGGGUUAGUUUAGUCAUGGACAUCCUGGGACAUAAGGGGCUGCUUGGCUUGGCUUGUUCUAACACAGUAGCACAAGAAGAAGGGAAACUGUAAACACAUUGAGUCUUACAGUAAAGGACUCUUGGGUUCUAAAUGCCCUCCUUUUUCAACUGAUUCUACAAAUCAACUUCUGCCUGGACAAUUGCAAUGACGUAUUACUGAUACUGAGCAAGGGUUACUGAUAAUGAGCAAAUCCUUUUCAGGGUUCUUCUUUGGAAAUGGCUGAAGAGCCUUUUUUUCUUGAGUAAUACAUAAGUCACCAGUAAGGCUAACGUGCUUAGCUAAACCCAACAAGCUCUAGUGCUCCUGUAAAUCUGGAACCCCAGGGGACUUUAGGUGUGUUCUGCUCUGGUUGACAAUAGUUUGUAUUAUACAACAAUGAAAUAAUAACCAAUUGUGGGAUUGUAUAUACUAUUUUUCCAACUGUGCAUAUUACUACUGAUGGGAAAUUACCACAUCUGUGUUUUACAUAAGGCGCUUUUCCACUGCAGAAACUCGGGGCACUUCCCAGGUGGCGCGAAGGUUUACAGGAACGCCCCCCUAAUCGGCCCUUUCAGCCUUUCUGUUUCCACGGCGAUGUAGGGUCCACUACACGUGACAUGUCAGUUCCGAGAACUACAAAAUAACAAUAUACGUUUCCAGCACCAACAGUAGACUGCUAAAGCAGAGAGGGUUACCCCAACGUCGUGUCAACAGUUACAUUUUGCAAGAAAGCUGUUAACACUGGAGUGCCCUCCAGAAUUGUUGGCACCCUUAGUGAAUAUGAGCAAACCAGGCUAUGAAAAAAUGUCUUUGCUGU